CGCGAACGCACCUAAGUGUAUAUGUACCAGGGAUAGAAUGUGUGCGAAUGCGUCGAUGCGUAUUAUAUUAUCUCAUUUCUCGUAUCUCAUAUAUAUCGUUUGUUGAUGCUGCUCGCUCCUCGCGAAUCUCUCGCAGGCCGCAAAAACGAGACAAUUUACGCACACACGGACAUCGGCGUCGCGCUCGCAGGACACGGCGUCACACGAAGUCUCUAGAGAGACAGGACCGAGGAGGAUCUCUGUGCGCGACCACUCACGGACGGUCGGACGUUGUCAUUUGAAAACGGAAGCCAUCUUGUGGCCGAGCCUCCCAUAUUAUUCGAGGAAUAAUAGUUCUACGACUAUUUGUUCCGAUAAAUUGCACCGUAUCUUUACCAAUACGUCUAGACUAUGCAUGAACCAUUUUAUCACACGUUCACAUAGCCAUGGCUGCGACAAGGAAGUUGCAAGGUGAAAUAGAUCGGUGCCUUAAAAAAGUAUCAGAGGGUGUAGAAACCUUUGAAGAUAUUUGGCAAAAAGUCCAUAAUGCCGCCAACAGCAAUCAGAAGGAGAAAUACGAGGCUGAUCUCAAAAAGGAAAUCAAGAAACUUCAAAGGUUACGCGAUCAAAUUAAGAGCUGGAUUGCGUCGGGUGAAAUAAAAGACAAGAGUACACUUCUUGAUUACCGGAAGUUAAUCGAAACUCAAAUGGAAAGAUUUAAAGUUGUUGAGAGAGAAACAAAAACAAAGGCUUAUUCGAAGGAGGGUUUAGGUGCAGCUCAAAAGUUAGAUCCAGCUCAGAAAGAAAAAGACGAGGUUACUAAUUGGUUAGCCAAUUCCAUAGACGCUCUCAAUCUCCAGAUGGAUACGUUUGAAUCGGAAAUAGAAUCGUUACAAGCGGGAAAAAAGAAGAGGAUAGACAAAGAUAAGCAAGACAGGGUGGACGAAUUGAAAGCGAAACUCGAUAAACACCGUUACCACAUUCGUAAAUUGGAAACAUUGUUACGAAUGCUUGAUAACAUGUCUGUCGAAGUCAACACAAUUAAAAGGAUAAAGGACGAUGUUGAGUAUUAUAUUGAAUCUUCGCAAGAUCCCGAUUUUGAGGAAAACGAGUAUAUUUACGACGAUAUUAUCGGCCUCGAUGAAGUCGAGUUGUCCGGAGUCGGCAUCCCCUCGUCAGCAACGACGGACAGUAACAACAGCAACGAAACCGGGGGUACGCCGACUUCGACUAAUUCUUGUACUUCGCCUAUACCAUCGCCAUCAUUAAGCUCUACUAUGCAUAAUCACUCGAGCGAUAGCUCUACAGAUAAUGACAAGAAAACAAAGCCUGUGAAACCGACAGCAGUCAGGCCGCUAUUGAAUACGCAAGCGAGCAUUCCAACCACGGGAAGCACUGCCACCAUAAAAUCGAAUAUGUUAUCGAGCAGCACUCCAAGCAAAACCAUUCCCAUGACGCCUAGCCACAGCUCGCCUAGUUCUACGAGCAAUCACAUUGCCACGACUAACGCUGGCAACUUUGCCACCGUAGCUGCCUCGCACAGCAAUUCACAAGCCAUCCAUUCUACCUCUAAUAAAACAUCCAUCUCUCUCGAUUUUACAGCCCAUAACAGCGAAAAUAAUCUUUUGUCAUCGUCUACGUCCAACGUCACGUCGAGUGUGCCGCAAACGGUCACGCAGCAGCACAACAAUAAUCCGGCGCCAGCACAGACGACGCACGUACUGCACAGUCAGCAGAAUCAGAAUCAUAGUAGCGAAACGGAAAUGACGACGCCAGUACCGCCAUCCUCGUCGCCGCAGUCGUCGGUUAGCAGUAGAUCCUCGCCGAUGCCCGCAAACUCCUGCUCGCCAGCACCGUCCACUGCCAAUGGUCUUAUCCCUAAGCUUCCUGACGGAAGCAUGUCCUCUCUAAAAUCCAUUGCCCAACAAGUAAUUGUCCGAGCAGGUCUUGAGAUACCGCCUUCCGAGCCGAACAGAAACAUCUUCGACAGUGCCAAGACGAAUAACAACAACAACACCAACGCCACGUCGGAAGCACACAUUCCUCCCUUGCUUGGGGUCGCGCCCCUCGGACCCGUGCCGUUGCAGAAGGAACACCAGGUGCAGUUCCAAAUGAUGGAAUCCGCCUACUAUCACAUGCCACAUCCGUCUGACUCGGAAAGACUACGUUCGUACCUGCCGAGAAACACCUGCUCGACGCCACCCUAUUAUCAGCAGGUUCAGCUUCCCCAUUCAGAUACCGUGGAGUUCUUCCAACGCCUUUCUACGGAAACUUUAUUCUUCAUAUUUUAUUACAUGGAGGGGUCUAAGGGACAGUACUUGGCGGCGAAGGCUCUGAAAAAACAGAGUUGGAGGUUUCACACCAAGUACAUGAUGUGGUUCCAAAGGCACGAGGAACCGAAAGUCAUUAAUGAGGAAUAUGAGCAGUUUUCAGAUUCGAUACUUUACGAGGCAAAUUUUUACUAAUUAAUAAGCCUGUCGAAUGACGUUCAUCGCUACUACCGAUAUUGAAUACGCGUAUGCGUAUCUGUUUUCACCGAGAAUCAUGGAAAAGGGAGAGAGAGUUCCCUGUGCGAAUUUAUUUAUUGCAAAUCGUCGGUGCUGUCAAUAAUUUCCAGCGCGCGCGAAUAAGGUUUUGUUACUGUAAAACUGUUAUUUUCAAAUGAGAUCAAUCAAUAUUGUUCCAUAAUUUGAAAGCAAUCUUAUUGUACCAAUAAUAUAUUUUAUCUUUUAGUGGCAGAAUAAUAUUGUUAUUGUUUUCAGAUAAUUGAUGCUUCUCUGUACAAAAAUUCCGUCAGAUUUUUAUUAAGUGUCCUAUAGGUACUGUACUUAUAGGAGUAACGUCAACGCUUGAAAUAAAUAACUUCGCAUGAAAAAUCGCAGAGAUCGAAGUGACUUGGAAUGGACGCGUCGUUCAGCAUCGCAAGGGCACUUCGACAACGAGAUUAGAUGUACAUCCCUCCCUAGUGAUAAAAAAAAAACUAAGUUGAGAUUCUCAUACGAUUGUUUAGCGGGAUAGAGAAGAAAUUUGAUUACCGAUUAAAGCGUAGCGUAUACAUGUACUCUAUAAGCAGAUACUCUUGUUGCAGAGGUUGCGACGAUCGACAUUAUUUGCAUGACAGAAUCAUACGAUCACGCAUUUCUCUUUUUUUUUUUCAACUUUGUUUUAGACAAUUCGAAGAGAGAACCGUAAUAUGAAUCUGUAAAACGACAACAGUUUUAAUACAUCAGGGCAAAUGUUUACCGAGAUUUGCGGCAUAGAAUUGUAGUUUUUUAAUCUCAGCGCGCACACGACAGUGAUUUCGACUGCGUCGAAAGGACAUUUUUUAUUAUAAUAAUAUAUAAUGCUAACGUCUUUUUAUUGAGUAACGCUUGCCCGCGUUAAAAGUGUUUGUUUGUUAACAACCUGGAUGGCAACUGACAACCGAGUCAAAUGCGUGAUAGGUGUCGCGGUAUUUUCAAGCUGCAGCAUUUUUCGAAUCAGUGUUUCUCGCAACGAUAUGACAGAAUGCGGCAGAGCACCGAAGUAUUCUCCGAUGCACGUUUAUAUUUGUUAUAUUUUUCCGCGAUACGCGUUUAUAUAUGCGCCGAUUUCUGAAAAACCAAAAGCCAAGUAAUAAGAAUCUGUUGCAACUUUAUACGAUUCGUAAUCUUCUAGCGAGUAGAGGAUGCAUUGUAGUUGUAAAUUUUAAGGAACGCUUACCGCGUGUUCCAUUGUACCGUAUUUUGUACUACAAAAACUUGUACAAAAAAUGGAUUACUGAUUUUCUAUAGAGGUUUGAUGAGAAACAAAAAAAAAAUCAAUCAAUUAUCGAUUUUACAGUAGUGUAAAAGCUGUACAUAAACGAUACUUAUAACGAUCGUUAUAACAUUUUUCUGCUGUAGGGACGAACGUGCUUUCCUUUAUCCGCAUUUCUUCUCGUAAACGGGAUAUUCUGCUUUGUGAUAACACUCAAAUAGAAGCGUGCAAACGAAAGAAGACCUCUGUUUGUUGUAUAAUAACAAAUUUUGUCUUCGAUGCUUUGUUAAUUUCCCCUAACGCGUCCACCGCAAAUGAUUAAAAAAAAGAAAGAAUUGUGAUUUUACUUAAUAUAUUUUAUUGUGAUUAUUUGAGUGAUAUUUAAAUACCAUAUACUGCUCUGUGCAAAGACUACAAGUCGUUAAAAUACAGUACUAAUUUCUUCAGUAUAA